CAUACUUAAAAGCGUCAUGGCCUAAUGAUCUUCAGGAGACACAGAGACUUUCGAUAUGUUUAGCAAUGGGUCUAAGGCCUGCUAAUUUCAUAUUCUGCCCGACGUAAACAAUGAUCAAUCACGGAAAUGCAAGAUCGGGAAGCAUGCUGCUAGAUACAGUGCCGGAAGAGGCAGAAGAGAAUCAGACAUCAGACAAACUUGACCAAUUAAAUGAAAAGACAAAGAGUGCAAACUUAGGUUUGAUGGGACCGCCUCUAUUCCCACCGACAAAGAUAGAUAGAAGAGGUAGUUCUAGUUCUUCUUCAUUAAAUUCUUCUGAAGUGUCUAGCGAUGGCUUUGAAGUUCAACCUUCGCUUCCGAACGGGCAGUAUAGCUUCAUCACAGCAAGCUAUCGGGCGCAACUAAAGAAGAACAAUUCAUCCAGCACUUUCAAUGGCAGUAUCUCUUCUCAAAUUCAAUCUGGUUCACUCACAAAAUCACCUUCAUCAUCUCAAACAAAAUAUUCCUCUAAAGCUCUUACAAAGGGUAUUCAACUUAUUCCUGUGGGGGUUUAUAAUGACAAGUUAGGUACGAGAAAGAUGCAAGAGCGGCAAAUGCCCGCUUUUGAAGCUUUGCAAUCAAAGAGAAUCACGCCAAAAGCCAUUACUGAUCAAAAUACAGCUACAUCGCAAAGUAGUUUAUCAACAUAUCAAAACUCUGCUCAGAGUAGACGUCAUAAAGCGCUUAGACAAUGGUGGGAUGCAGAAGUACAGGCGAAGAAACCUGGCAAGCCCGGGAAGCCCUUUUGCGCAAGAGGUUGCGUUUCUCCAUCAGAUACAAUGAAUGAAGUGCAAGAUAGCUCAAAUGACGGUAUAAGGGAAGGCUUUGUUCCGUACACCCCUAAUAAACUCUUUGCACCUCCUCAUCACUUAGCACGACAAGAGGCACUUCAACCACCGCGCUCACUGGAAAUGGAAAGCGAAAGGAUAAGAUCAAGACUGUUAUGGGAAGCUGUUCAGGAUGGAUUGGUGACUCUAGACACUAUUCUAGCACUUCCUUUGAGCUGGGGAGAUUUGUGUGUGGAGCAUUAUCAGGAUAUUGGGCUCAUUUCGCCAACAGAUUCUACAAGAAGCGAUGAAAUGAAAGGUACCUUGGCAUCCGUUUAUCCGAUAGAGAAUCCACUAACGAUAAAUGCAAAGCAAAAUAUGAAGGCGAAUAGUAAGAAAGAGAAUAAUCAAUCACCCGCACUGCUGUCCAAAGGAGAUAAAGCAAAGAUUAUGUUACAAUACACCAAAUGAGAU